AUGGAUAAGAGUUUGAUGCAAGGAAAAUCUAGGUUGCAUCCUGCAUAUAAAAGAGGUCUUAAUGAAUUUAUCAAGAUUGUUCGCGAUCACACAGAUAGCAUGGGAAGGACUCGUUGCCCUUGUGCCAGAUGCAAAAAUGGUCAUUUGGAGCCCAUCCAGGUGGUUGAAGAUCACUUGCAAGAUUUUGGAAUACACAAGUAUUAUACACUAUGGAUACACCAUGGAGAAGAUUAUGAAAUUGUUUCUGAUGAUGACGAUGUUGAUGAGGAAGAAACACAAGGUUAUACAAAUAAUGGGGUUAGUGAACUUCUUGAAGAUGUGUGUGCCAGAGCAAACAACAAUAAAUGUUCAGGUACACAAGACAGUUGUGAAAACAUAGAUAUGUUUGACAGUCUCUUGAAGGAUGCCUGCGAGCCUUUGUAUCCUAAUUGCAAGAAUUUUUCGAAGUUAGAGUUUGUUAUGAGGUUGGUGCAUAUCAAGAUAAUGAAUCACAUGAAUAACAAGUCAUUCCAGAUUAUCCUUGAUUUAAUUAAAGCAGCAUUGCCUGAAGGUGAGACACUUCCAAACACCUAUUACGAGGCUAAGAAACUAUUGAGGAACCUUGGACUUGGUUAUACAGUAAUUCAUGCAUGCAGAUACGACUGUGCACUUUUCUGGAAGGAAAAUGAGAAUCUUGAAAACUGUCCCAAGUGUAAUGAGCCGAGGUAUAAAGUUGUCGAGGGAAAAGGAAAGAAGAUACCUCAGAAAGUACUGCGUUAUUUUCCACUCAAGCCAAGGCUACAGAGAUUGUUCAUGUCAAAGAUGACUGCUAAAGAUAUGAAAUAUUGGAAAAAGAUACAGAAAAGGGAGAAAAAUGUGUUUAGGCAUCCAGCAGAUUCUAAAAUUUGGCAAGAUCUCGAUGAGAAUCACAAGUGGUUUGCCAGAGAUUCACGUAAUGUCCGACUUGGCAUUGCAAGCGAUGGGUUUAUUCCAUCUAAUGACCUCAAUGGAAAACCACAUAGUAUUUGGCCUGUAAUUGUUGUUCCGUAUAAUUUGCCACCUUGGAGAUGCAUGAGAGAGCCCUUCAUAUUUUUGACUCUACUAAUACCAGGGCCUAACAGUCCCGGAAAUGAUAUCGACGUUUAUCUAAGGCCACUGAUAGAUGAAUUAAAAGAGUUAUGGGAAAUUGGUGUGAAGACUUUUGAUGCAGAUUCAAAGGAAUUAUUUCAGCUUCAUGCUGCGUUGUUAUGGACGAUCAAUGAUUUUCCUGCAUAUGGGAACUUGUCUGGAUGGAGUACUCAUGGGUAUCUAGCUUGCGCAGUUUGUAAUAAAGAUACGCGUUCAAUGUGGUUGAAGAGUGGACGGAAGAUAUGUUACAUGGGUCAUCGUCGUUUUUUGCCUCGAACUCAUGCUUGGAGAGACAGGGACAAACAUUUAUUUGAUGGAAAAGCCGAAAAAGGGUCAAAGCCGAAGGAGUUGUCUGGAGAUGAUGUGUUAUUACAGCUAGAAUUCAUCGAGAAACAAGAUUUUGGGAAGGCACCGAACACCAAAAAGAUAAAACGUUAUGAUUUUGAGUUAAAUUGGACAAAAAAGAGUAUUUUUUUCGAAUUGCCAUAUUGGAAGACUAAUAAGUUGCGUCACAAUGUUGAUGUUAUGCAUGUGGAGAAAAAUAUUUGUGAUAGUGUUGUAGGAACGCUGAUGGACAUAGAGAAGAAAACUAAAGAUACGAUAAUAUCUAGAGCAGACCUGGAAAGAUUGGGUUUGAAGAAGGAGCUGCAUCUAACUAAGAGAGGUAACAAGUUAAUCAAGCCACCUGCAUCUUAUACUUUAUCGGUUCCAGAGAGAAAAAUAUUAUGCGAGUGGUUGAAGUCGGUGAAGUUUCCUGACGGCUAUGCCUCAAACAUUGCUCGGUGUGUAAAGGAAAAAGAUGUGAAUUAG